CAGAGGUCUCAACUCUCAAGUUUCCAUGGCCUCACUUCCUCUUAAUUUCUUCAAGAUAAUGAUUGGGAAUUUCAGGAAUGCCAUGUUCAUACCACCUAUAUGUAUUCGAACUCUUGAAGGCUUGCUUGAAAAAAACUGUUCCAUUGAGGAUUCUAAUGGACAUGUUUGGCAAGUUAAGUUGUCUUUGCUAAAUGGAUCUAUGGCUUUCACACAUGGAUGGAGGGAUUUUGUGUUGGAUCAUUCAAUAGCAGUUGGAGAACUUGUGGUGUUCAAGUAUGUUAAUUCUGGGUCAAAGUUUCAUGCCCAAAUUUUCGGUACAAGUGGUGCGGAGAGGGUGAAAUUAAUUCAGCCUGAAAAAUGUCAUGAAGAGUUGAAUUUGGACAAGACUGUCAGAAGAUCAUCGGUAAACAAUGAUUCUAGUAUUCAGGAUCAAGAGGAAAAAGAAAAACCAGAAAUGGCUGAACAUUGUUCAAACUGCAGCAAAGAUGAUCGGAAAAGGAAAAGUGUCAAAGUUGAAACACAUGAUGAGGAGAUACAUUUGAACAGAAUGAAAAUUAGAAAACUUGCAGAAAAUGAUUUGCUCUAUCUCAAUGAGAGCAUUAAGAAAGAUCUAGAAGAGAAAAGGGCAUGUUCUGUUGCACUUGACAAUGGAUUUUUUUCAAAGAACUUCGAUGGCAAAGUUGCUACUGAAUGCAAAAGCAUACCAAAAAAAUCCCAAGUUUGUGAUGAUAAGUUUGAGCCACCAAAUGUUCGGUUCUCUGCAACUGAGUAUAAACCACCGAUGCCACCAAUUGACAAGGACUCUAGGAAAAAUAAAGAAGUACACAAAACUUAUUCCAGAGACUAUCGGAAAACAGUAAACAAUGGAAUUCCUAAAUAUUCUGAAUGCGGCAAGGUACAUGUUGAAAAACAUGCUCAUAAACUGAAAUCUUAUGCUGUGUGUAGCAGAUAUCUUGGUGGUGUAAAGACUAAAAUUGUGAAACAAGAGCGUUGUCCUGCUCCUGAUAUCAAACCUGGCAGUCCUCAAGCUCCAAUUAAUGUGGAGACUUCAAAAUCUGAUAUCAAAAAGGUGUUUCCUGUACAAUGCUCGAAAGUAUACCAGAAAACUCAGUUGCCCAGCCAAAAAAUGAUUGAUAAAAAAGUGCACACUCCUGAAAGAGGUGCCAUGAGACCCAUCAAGUCUCAUAAGGCAGCUGCUGCAUGCACUGAAGCCAUUGGCAGAAAUCAAAAUCCAUCAAGAGGCAUUCUCAACAAAUAUCUUCUCACGGAAGAUGGCAUUUGUCACAUUGUCGAUGAUGAUUCUAUGACUACACCAGGGAGUUAGGAGAAGCACUCCUGUUGAAUUUUGUAUGGUUGAUAAGAAGGUUACUGCAUGUCAAGAUGGGGGAGCAAUUAUGCCUCAACAACUUGCUAUGGGAGGAUCUUUUCGUCAAGAUGGACAUAGAAAUCAUAUGGCACUAACAAAGAAGAUACAAAAUGAUCACCAUACCAAAUCAAAGUUGGAUCACUUGGGAACUUCAUCCAAGAACUUAAUUGUUGUUCCUGGAAAGAAAAAGGAACAUGAUUUGAUGAAGGGAAAAGAGCCCAAUGCAUUACAGGGAGAUCAAGGAAACAUGGUUAUCCCCAGUUCCAGGAAGAAAAAUUGUAUUCUAAAAUGUGAGGAAUUGAAUUCAUUUGACCUUCAUCACCCGAAUUCCAUCAAUACCAGAUUUUCAUUCCCAGUCAAUUCUCUGCGGCGGUUGGAGAUGCCGAAAAAGUUGCCAUUUUCUCUUGGACGAACACCGCAUAAUAGGAAGGUGAUUAUUCUCAAGGAUCCAUCGAUGAGACUUUGGCCGGUACUUUAUCUUGAGGACAUGAAGCACAUAAUUAGUGGCUGGAAGGAAUUUGCUGCAGCAAACAAAAUCCGACGAGGUGAUAUUUGUGAGUUUCAACUGAUCAGUGAAUCAGAAUACAUACUCCAAGUUCGAAUCACUAAAAAGUGAACACAGUCCUUGUUCUCUCGGCAAUUACUUGGCUCUCUCUCUGAUGAUAUUAGUCCUAUUCUAAGUUUCAAACUGAUAUCAUACUGUCUUUGAUAUGAUGUUAUAAUGAAGUGACAAACACAUAAAUUAUUAAAAUUCGCUCAUCGAUGUUGAUUAGUAUCUUUUGUGAAUAUAAACCAAAAAACUUUGAAAU